AUGACUGCAGCUGCGGCUCUGUCGCGGCCGCGCUCUUCUGUCUCCUCGGAGACACCGCGCCCCAGCGCAUGCACCUCGCCCACUGCCGCCGAGCGCUCUGGACGCUUCGCGUUUGAAGACGAGGGCGAUCGACUCUCGCUGAGCGAAACUCCGCACACUCUGCCUCCCUCUUCACAGGGGAACUCGCCGUCCUCUGCUCCUCCGUGCUCCCCUUCCUGCCCGUCGUCGCCCUCUUCUCUCUUUUCUCCCGAGAUCCUCCUCCCGCACAGGAGACAGAAAGCCGAAGACGCGCCUUGCGAAGAAAGUGGCGAGAAUGGCGUCUCAGAGGCCUCUCCGAACGAGCGCCUGGCCCUCCCUUCGGAGACGGAAAGAACGCAUGCAAGUGACCUCGUGAGAGACGGCGAAUUCGAAACGGGGAGUGCUUGGGGUCUCUACAUGCUCGCCAGCCUCGCCGUAGCAGCUGCCACGGCCUUAACGCGACAAUUUGGAGGCGAGAGCACGCGGCGAAGAUGUGAGACUGCCAAGCGGCAACAGAAAAAGGGGGAUCGGAGAGAAGAAGAGCAAGCAAGUUGCAACAGCGGCGAGCGGUCUUCUAUGCCUCUGUGUUGCCCAGAGACGAGAGGUCAGGACGCCUCAGCUGACGGCACGCUCCUUCAGGGCCUUCUGUCUCCGUUGUUCUCGGGAGGGAAACGGGCACAAGAAGGCCGAAACGAAGAGCCCGCUUGUCUUGGAGCUUUUUCAUCGCUCUUUGGAGAUGCCGGGGAGAAAAAACGGCCGUUUCCCUGGAAGAAAUGGAGAGAGAGAAGACAGUCCUCUGCCGAGGAGGACGGCGAAUCAAUGAACAGGAGCGGCAAGCAAGAGGCUGACGCGAAGGAUGAGAGCGGUCGCGUCUGCGAGUGCUGCGCACGGGUCCAGCUCUUUCUUGCAGCCUACGAAGUUAAUCCGAGAUGUGCGAAGAACAGAAAAAGUGAAACAGGUGAAUCUGCUCCGGGGUCCUUGACAGCGUCUUCGCUGCUAACUCGCACGGGGUGUACAGACACCCGACAAGGAGGACCCCGAUCGUCUGCCAGUCAUACAGACGAUGAAGAAACGAAGGCUCUCGUCAACCUGCUCGGCCCCGAAGGCCCGUCGCCAACGGAGAUUAUCCCCCUCAGUCUGGAAGCUCCUGUCCAGAUUGUUCCGGCCGUGCUGCGCCGGUCGAACGUCCACGCUCCGCGUCUCUCUUCCGAGCAAGACAGCUCUUGCUCGAUUUCUUCUUUGUCUCCUAGUCCUUCUGUUGAUGAUCCUUCGUCUCCUCUAGCGAUGUCUUUGCGCUUUCUCUCAUGCCAGAGGGAGCGUGAGGACGGAGGAGCGGUUUCUCUCCGCGGAGAGGGAGACGAUUUGUUUCAAGAGACUCCAGUGUUUUCUCGCCCCUGGGGCGGAGACGAAGAGCAAGACGAGAACUGGGAGUGUCUUGAGGAGACAGAAAGAGGCGACAGCCAGGUGGACCGCAUCGCAUGCGAAACGCUUAACUCGACGGAGACCAGGGACGGACUGGGGGAGAGGCAGAGGGGCGGCAACGCGGAGGGGGAAGAAGAGAUGGAGGAAGGAAAAGCGGAUGCAGAGAAAGGGGAAGGAGCGAUUGAAAUAGAGGAAGAAGAAAGAGGGAGAGGUGAAGAGGGAGAAACAGGCGGAGAGGCAAAUGGAGAGGUGCCGGGGCAGCGUGUGCUUCGGCUGGACCGGAUGUGGGCUGGAGACAAGAGGGCGACGGCUCACCGAUGGCUGCAAGCUGUAGGGCGCGAGAAACACGGUCUCCUUCCUGUCUUCUCCCGAGGUGGCCCGGAGCACGUAGCUCAGCAGCCUGUCUGUGCGGAAUCUCGCUCGUAUUCUUCCCCCGUCGGAAGCGCGCGGCACCACUGGCAAAGCCGAGAGGCUCUUCUGCUCUGUCUUCUCCAAGCAGAGAGAAGAGCAGGUCAGCAGCGCGCGCAUGCCUCUCAUUCCGUCUCCUGUUCCUUCCGUGGUCUCGUCAAGAGUCCCGCGGGGGGCUAUCUGAAUCAGCUGCGCGAACAGCUUGCACUUGGCCCAUCAGAUGAAGGCGAGACGCUUCCUGCGUCGGCCAGUCAGCCUCUGUUGCCUCUCCCUGGGGGUGCCUCCAACCCAAAUGCGAAAGGGCCGUGGAGAGCAGCGGCGAGCCACGAGACGGCAGAUGACAACUGGGUCAAAUGGUGGUGCGAUCGAAUCGGCUUCGACGAUUUGCGUCUCCGCCUCUUCACCUACGCAGUAGCCAAUAAAGGAUCUCUGUGA